AAAUUAAGGGAAAGAAAAAAUAGAACAGUUGUGAAAAUAAAGAAAAAACGAUAGAACGAAAUAAGUAAAAAGAAAUAAAAAAAAUAUAAAAAAAAUCUGAAGAUAAAAGUGACGAGUGGUUGUUGAAAUAUAUAACCUGGAGGCUAUCAAUCGAGGACUUAAGAUUGCAGAUAGAAAAUUGUUUUUUAAGUUGAUGCAGUCAAAGUGUAUAAUAGUCGAAGGUGUAAUCCGCUAUGAACGCCGGUGUUAAUAUUGAGAGAAAUUCCUGGCGGCUUCCACCCGAUGAGACCGUCCAGGUCUGUGAUUUAAAAUCAAAAUCAUCAGCCAAAGAUGAUCUAUAUGGCGACGGUGGUCACAACUGGAAGAGUAUAAUAUUUUCACUUCUAGUAAUUGGAUUAGUCAUUGCUGGAAUUGUAACAGCAAUUUACCUACUUGGGUAUGUCGAUGAGCUUUUAUAUUGGAAUGGUAGACGUCUUACACUUGAGGAGUGCCUUCGAAAUGAACUUUCACCUCCUCGACUACCACCAGCUUGGAUAUCUCAUGACAAAUUUAUUUACCAAGCUGACGACGGUUCAUUAGCUCUUCUUGAUGCAUCGAAUAACUCGGUUUCACUUCUAGUAUCCAAUCAUACACUUAGACAAUUAAAUGUUCAAGGCUUUGAGUGUAGUAUCAAUCUUCGUUAUGUACUUUUUAAGCAUGAUGUUAAACCAGUAUUUCGUCAUACUUUUACUGCUCUUUACACGGUCUAUGAUGUUACUAAUGAUCAUCAUACUCCACUUCGUCUUCAUUCAUCAUCACCAGUUCAACCAACUCGUUUACAGUAUGCGACUUGGAUGGGCAAUACAACAUCAUUAGUUAUGAUUUCUGAUAACAACAUAUUAUUAAGAUUGUCACCAACAGCACCGGAUGACAAAAGACUGACUAACACUGGAGUGCCUGGAGUUAUUUAUAAUGGUGUACCAGAUUGGCUUUAUCAAGAAGAAGUCUUACCAAAACCGGAAGUACUUUGGCCAAGUCCAGAUGGAAAAUAUCUUCUUUAUGCAAGUUUUAAUGACACCAAGGUGACAAGAUUAGAAUUUCCGUGGUUUGGAUCACAAACAGGCCAGAAUAGUGGCAGCUCAAGUCCCACUGGUGAACCACGAAAAAUAUCCUUUCCACCCUCAAAAUCUAUACAUUAUCCAACACCUGGUUCGUCAAAUCCUGAGGUUAGUCUUUGGCUUGUUGACCUCACAAACACAAGUGAUACAACUAACGAUUCAAUUGAAAUUGAUUAUCCACGUAAACAACUUAAGCCACCACCAAUAUUCGAUGACCAGGAAUAUUAUCUGAUCUCAGCAGGAUGGGUUGGGAAAGAUUCAAAUCAGAUUGGGGUUGUUUGGAUGACAAGAUCACAAAAUUUGUCAGUUGUAUCAGCAUGUCGUUCACCAAAAUGGGAAUGUGAGGAAACUCAUACAGAACGUGCACCAGAAGGACAAUGGCUUGAUGCCCAACCACAUCCUGUCUUUUCACCAAAUGGUGAUAGCUUUUUGCUAUUGGCUGCUGUACAAGAAGGUGGACAAGAACACUUUACUCAUAUUAAACAUGUUGAAUUAACUCAACAAAGAAUUGCUGUACUUUCUCAUGGAAGAUAUGAGGUCAGUGAAAUUUUGGCAUGGGACACAAGAGCAAGUUUAGUUUAUUAUCUAGGAAGUAGAGAACGUAAACCAGGACAAAAGCAUUUAUAUGUUGUGAGAGAUCCAACAACGGAUGAUCCACGUCGUCUUGAGCCACUUUGUAUAACUUGUGAUCUUGGUGAUGUACUUUGGAGCAGUCGAUUUUAUUAUACAAAUUGUACGCAUUUUGGUGCAUCAGUAAGCUCAUCAAGUGACAGUAGACAGGGUUAUUAUAUUCUUCAUUGUGAAGGUCCUGGAUUGCCUUUGGCAGGUGUACACUCAGUUAUAACACAUAAAAUGGUACGAGUACUAUAUGAUGCUAGAAUUCAACAGGGUGGUAGAUUAUCACAGCUUGCUUUACCAACGAGAAAAAGUUUUGAGGUACCAUUACCACAAGGCUGGCGUGCACAAGUACAAUUACAAUUACCACCAUCAUGGCGUGAAGAAUUACGUGAUGCAGCAUUUCCAGUACUUGUUGAAGUUAAUGGUCGUCCAGGAAGUGCUGCUGUUACUGAUAAAUUUAGUAUUGAUUGGGGUACAUAUAUGUCAAGUCACAAUGAUGUUAUUUAUAUUAGACUUGAUGUACGUGGUGCACGUGGUCAGGGUAAACGUGCAUUAUAUCAUCGUAUUGGUGGUGUUGAAGUACAAGAUCAAUUGACUGUAUUAAAAUAUUUACUUGAAUCAGAAUCAUUUAAAUAUUUAGAUAAUUCAAGAGUUGCUGUUUGGGGAUGGGGAUACGGUGGAUAUGUUACUUCCAUGGUAUUGGGAAGUCAACAAAAUGUAUUCAAAUGUGGUAUUGCUGUUAAUCCAAUUGCCGAUUGGUUAUACUACAAUUCAGCAUUUACGGAAAGAGUUUUAGGUGCACCAGUUGAAAAUUACAAGGGAUAUGUUGAAGCAGAUUUAACACAACGUGCAAGAUUAGUACCAAGUCAUAGUUUAUUUCUUAUUCAUGGUUUAGCUGACCUAACAGCGCCUUAUACACAUGGCAUUGCCUUUGCAAAAGCUCUGUCUGAUGCUGGUGUUAUCUUUAGAUAUCAAAGCUAUGCUGACGAAGAUCAUGCUUUGUCUGGUGUGAUUGAGCACACUUAUCGUUCCAUGGAGGACUUCUUUACUGAGUGCCUCUCUUUGGAUGUCUCAUAGUGCCUCAAUAAAAUUUUAUCGCUAAUCAUCACUGAUAAAACAAUUUUUGCUUACACACACAAAUUCAUUAAAAUUAGAUUAUCAUUUUAUUAAAUAAAAAAUGAAAAAUAUAAAAAAAAAAAGGAAAAAUCUAUACAUUAAUUGAAAAAAAAAUUGAGUAAAAUAGAUAGAUAAAUGAGUUUUUAAAAAUGCUAAAUAAUAAAAUACUCAAUAAUUUUAAUUUAUUUAUCAGUGAGAAUAAUAUUUAUUAUUUUAUUAUUUUUAAUUUAUGUAGAUUGCUCAAAUGACUGAUUUAAAAUCAUUGUGUGAAAGUUUAAAAAUUAAAUAUUAAUAUUGUUGAGUGAUUGUUGUGAUGAUAAUAUUUAUAAGUUUUACACGAUAAUAAAUUUAAAUAAUAAAAAAAAAAAAAAAAUGUUAUCAAAAAGAAUUUAAAUAAAAUUUAUCGAGUAAUUAAUUUGUGGUGAAAAAAAGAAAUCGAAUAACUGUAUUAUUAAAUGGCAAUAUGUUGAAAAUUGCGCAGUAUGUUAAUAUUGAUAUUAUAAUAAUUAUUAAUGUUGGAUAAAUAUUGAUAAUAAUUAAAAAAAAAAACUCGGGUAAAGUUCACGAAUUAUUGUGGUUAAUUGUUUUUAAUUAAAAAAUAUUUUAAGUAAAAAUCUGAGCUUUACUUUGUAGUUGAAAAGCCUAAUUAAAGGGUAAAAAAAAAAUGAAAGAAAAAAAAAUUAUUGAGCAUACAGCUAUUGGAAUUAUUUAAUGAACGUCAAUAAUUUUUUUUUUUUUUUGAUUCCUCAAAUAUAUUAAGAGGUAUAUAUGAUCGUUAUAUAAAUAUAUUGAAAGGUUGUCAAUAUCAUAUCUUUCGGUUAUUCUGAUGAAAUUAAAAGUUGUGUCAAAAUGCUUUUUUUGUUUUUUCAAAUACUGAUUGAUAAUUUUGAUUUAUAUUUUUGAAAUAUAAAUAUAAUAUAGCUAUUUUUUUGUUGAUAUUUAAAUGAAUUUAAUAUUUUGUAUUUAUAUAUUUAUUUUUAUUAUUUAUUAAAAUGUUAACAAGACACAGCUAAAUUUGAUAAUUAACAUAACUGAAUGAUGUGAUUUAUAAGAUACUUUUUCAUUACUUCCAAUCAAAACCCGUCCCCAGCGUUUAAUAUAAAUCAAUGUGACGCUUAGUUGUUCGUAGUAUAAUUUCUCACAAGCCGCAAAAAUAAUUUUAAAACAAGUGGAAAGAAAUAAAAAGGAAAUUAUUCAAUAGAAAUGAAUUUGGGCCUACAGAAAAGCUCUUCCAGAAAAAUUAAAUUUUUAUAAAUAACUUAUCUUCCAAAGUAUUCAUAACAAAAAGAAAAUAUGUAGAAAGUAAAUUUAUAUAUAUAUUAAUGCAUAAUAAAACUGAUAAAUAUAUGAAAUUAGAACAAGAUAUAUUAAUUUAAAAAAAUAACAGUGAUGAACGAGCUUCGAGGCUGAAACGCAAAUUACUUUUUUGUAAAAUUAAAUUCCAGCAGCUCGCGCAUUUCUUUAAGAAUAAAAUAAACGUAAUAAUAAUGGCUGUCUUAAAUAAUUAAUUAAAAAAAAGAAUUAUUGUAAAAUGAAAGUUGUCGUUAUAGAGGAUAUUUUUAUAAAUUCGGGUUUCCUCGAUUUUCUUAUGUAAAAAUUUUCAAACUUUCAUGUUAAAAAAAAAAUAAAUUAUUAUAAAAUUUGCGUCAAACAACAAUUGAUCUCUUUUUGGAUAAAUAAAUUCAAUGAAAACAAAAAAAAAAAUUAUAUACAAGGUAUAUAUUAAAAUAAAUAUUUAAUUGUUAAAUAAUUUUAAUUUGUUAAUUAAAUUUGCAGUUAUUUUGUUAUUAUUAAAAAACAAAUUUAAAAAAAAAUAAAAAAUUAUUUAUAUUUAUAAAAAUUGAGCUGUUUACAAUAUAAAAUUAAUUAAUAAAUAUUUUUCAGUCUGUUAUAUUGGAAAAUAAUUUCUUGUUAAAAUCAUAAAAAGAGAAUUUUUGAAUGUAAAAGAAAAAAUCAAAAAAAAAAAAAAUA